CACAAACCAUCCAGGAUAAAAACACAUUGUUGUCCGGAGUGAGGUCCCUGACUUCUCUUGGGGAAUCAAGGGGGUAUGGCCUGGAGGUGCUCACAAGUACUACUGGCCCCGGUGCUGCUGCUGCUGCUGCUGCUGGCCUCAGGUGUCUGGGGGUCGACAGUUGUGUCUGAGGAACUUCAUACAGUGGUAGGACAGGACGUCUCCGUGCGAUGCCAGUAUAAGCCUGAAGCAGGGCCUUAUGUGCCAAAAUCAUGGUGUCAGCAGACAUCUCCAAAUAAAUGCAACAGAGUGGUCACAACAUCUGAGCCUCGGAGAGCAGUCAAAGAGUCACAACACACAAUCUGGGACGAUCCUGAAGCUGGCUUCUUCAGCAUCACCCUCACCCGGCUCACGGAGAAGGACUCGGCAUUCUACUGGUGUGGACUAUAUGACGCUUCCCGAAAUGUAAUCAAAGUUCUCAGAAACAUCAGCCUGGUGGUGUCUCAGGUUUUGUCCACUCUUCCUCCACCGACCAGCAUCUGGCUCCAAACAAAGAUGGAGACAGCCACCAAGCUCCCAACAAGCACAGUUCUGACCACUUCUCCAGAGGAAACCACCGGCUUUUUCAUCAAUGGCUCUGAGCACAGAAACCACAGUUCUCUGGCCUGGGUCUCCCCGAGCCUUCCGGUCUUUGUGCAGUAUGGACUCCUGCUGUUCAAGAGCCUGAUGCUGUCAGUUUGCUGUGUGGUCCUUUGCCGGAGACGCUGCCAGGGGCGUGAGGAUAUGGCAGAGACAGUGAUGAUGGAGGCUAAAGAAUAUCCCAGCCUUCCUGAAGCCUUGGGCACAUUUAGCCAUAUGUCAGGGUGUGAGAAGAAUGAUUAUUCUCCUAACCCUACCCAGUGGCCAGAGCUGCCCAACCACUGAAUACUACAACCCUACUGAAACCAUCAGGCAAGCCCACAGGAGACAAAUCACCAGUGGUGACUGUCACUCUGGCAUUGAGCACCCUAAGAUCCAUGAUCCCCACAGCCCAGAUCUCCCCCAAGCUGACCACCCAUGGGAAGUUAAUCUGCACUGGGGUCAGACCCUCUCACAGUCCCCAACACCCGUGCCUCCUCUCCCAGGACUUCCUCAUUCUCUCUCCUACCUCUGUUGGCAUCACAUGCCUCACCGCUCCGUUUCCUGAGUGAGCGACUCACAAGCCCUUUGUAUGUCCACUAGUGCCUGAGUCCAGACUCUAGGAUUGCAUCAGAGUAGAAUGCGGAAACAUCGUAUCCCCUGGCUUCCUCUCCUCUUGCUCAAGAUUCCUUAAAAUGAGAGAAAAAUGACUUAAAGGAUAAGAUGGGAUUAGCUUAUUCAGACUACGAACAGAGGAAGCCAAGAAGUUGAAGAAAAAAGAUGUUUUUUUUAAGCAGACCCUAUACCGACCGCUCCUUCAGCCACAUGUAAGAGCUGACCACCAGGGGUCAGUAUUGUGCUGGUUUAUCAAGAGGCAAUCUCACCUUCACAGAGAAAGUCGGCUUAUACAAACAUGAUUAUUGAUUUGUGCAUGUGUGUAGGGGAUCCUUUGGGGAAGCAAAAAACAAUGUCACGUCCACAAAACAAGAGGAAGCCAGAAUGAUGUUCAGCACAUGUGACGUCCAGUACAGCCUGGACCCUGGACAUUCAACAUGGACAUCUGCCAUUGACAGCAACCUUAAAAAGGCCACCACAAUGACAGGAUGGUUUUUCCUCCCCCCACCCCUCCUUCUU